UGACAUCGAGAUUGGACGUGGCUCGUUCAAGACGGUGUAUCGAGGGCUGGACACCGACACCACGGUGGAGGUGGCCUGGUGUGAGCUGCAGGUGCGGCUGGGAGCCCCCUCGGUGACGCCACGGGAUGGGACCCUUUGGAGGUCUUGGGAUGGGAGACCCAGGGGACAGCAGCAAGAGGGAUGUAUUUUUCCAGUCAAAUAUCCAGACACUCUUGUCCCCCUUGUUCUGAUGAUCCAUGGACCUGGCUGAUUCCGGGCUGCAGAAGGAGAAACUGAGGCAGGUGGUGUAUGGUGGCUCCCCUAUGGAUUUAGACAUUCUCACUUUACGGGCUCUAUACUCAACCCUGAGAGGUGGAAAAUAGGAUGGGGAAUUGGGUAGGGAGCCAGUUCAGACCUGAGGGGUGGUUGGCCUCACCACUUUCCUGCAGUGGUUACCUACUAUCUCUUCCCUUUCUCUCCCUUUCCCCUAAGUCCUGAGACCCUCAGUGUGACCCUGAUCUUCCUGCUCCCUCACUCUGGAUCUUUGCAGAUUAGGAGGCUGGAAUGAUGGAGGCCAGCAGCUGAGGCAGGGUCCUCUCCACUUCCAGAUGAUUUAGGGCUAUUGUGGCAGGACGGGGCCCUCGCACACCCCUUCUGAAGCAGUCAGACUUCUGGACUUCUCCACAGCUGGGGGAGGGGAGACAGGGAGCUCCAGCCCUGGCCUGAGUCCAGUCCUGCUCCUCAUCCCGCUGCCUACCUGAGCUCUCCUUUCUCAGAUCCAAAGCCCUCCUGCCUCCUGCCUGGAUCUAGCAGUUCCCAGUUUCUGAGGCCAAUCCCCUUGCCGGCCCCAAUUCUCUGCCUGCCGUCUGCCUGCUGCCCGCCUGCUGCCUGCCCGCUGCCAGCCCCUGGGCAUCCCCUCCCACCCCACGGCCGGCCUGGGCGGCUACAAAGGCGCUAUUGACUUCAGGGCUCCUGGACAGGGCUGCAUAAAAGCGCUUGUGUCCAGGAGGGGGUCCAGGGGGCGGCCCCAGGCCCAUGACUCGGAAACUGUCUCGAGCGGAGCGGCAGCGAUUCUCGGAGGAGGUGGAGAUGCUCAAGGGGCUGCAGCACCCCAACAUCGUCCGCUUCUACGACUCGUGGAAGUCGGUGCUGAGGGGCCAGGUUUGCAUCGUGCUGGUCACCGAACUCAUGACCUCGGGCACGCUCAAGACAUACCUGAGGCGGUUCCGCGAGAUGAAGCCGCGAGUCCUUCAGCGCUGGAGCCGCCAAAUCCUUCGGGGGCUUCAUUUCCUACACUCCCGGGUACCCCCCAUCCUGCACCGGGAUCUCAAGUGUGACAACGUCUUUAUCACGGGCCCUACAGGCUCCGUUAAGAUUGGGGACCUGGGCCUGGCCACGCUCAAACGCGCCUCCUUCGCCAAGAGCGUCAUCGGGACCCCGGAGUUCAUGGCCCCGGAGAUGUACGAGGAAAAAUACGAUGAGGCCGUGGACGUGUACGCGUUUGGCAUGUGCAUGCUGGAGAUGGCUACCUCGGAGUACCCUUACUCUGAGUGCCAGAAUGCCGCGCAAAUCUACCGCAAGGUCACUUCGGGCACAAAGCCGAACAGCUUCUACAAGGUGAAGAUGCCCGAGGUGAAGGAGAUUAUUGAAGGCUGCAUCCGCACGGAUAAGAACGAGAGGUUCACCAUCCAGGACCUUCUGGCUCACGCCUUCUUCCGCGAGGAGCGCGGCGUCCACGUGGAGCUGGCGGAGGAGGACGACGGAGAGAAGCCGGACCUCAAGCUCUGGCUGCGCAUGGAGGACGCGCGGAGAGGGGGGCGCCGCCGGGACAACCAGGCCAUUGAGUUCUUGUUCCAGCUGGGCCGGGACGCAGCCGAGGAGGUGGCGCAGGAGAUGGUGGCCCUGGGUUUAGUGUGCGAAGCUGAUUACCAGCCAGUGGCCCGUGCAGUGCGUGAACGGGUUGCUGCCAUCCAGCGAAAGCGUGAGAAGCUGCGCAAAGCGAAGGAGUUGGAGGCCUUCCCCCCAGCGCCAGGGCCCCUACCAGCAGCUGUCCCCAUGACUCCUGCUCCCUCCAGUAUCUUCCCCCCUGAACCCGAGGAGCCAGAGGCAGACCAGCACCAGCCCUUCCUCUUCCGCCAUGCCAGCUACUCAUCUACCACCUCGGAUUGCGAGACUGAUGGCUACCUCAGCUCCUCCGGCUUCCUGGAUGCCUCAGACCCUGCCCUUCAGCCCCCUAGGGGUGUGCCAUCCAGCCCCGCUGAGUCCCAUCUCUGCCUGCCCUCGGCUUUUGCCCUAUCCAUUCCACGUUCUGGCCCUGGCAAUGACUUUUCCCCUGGAGACAGCUAUGCCUCAGAUGCAGCAUCAGGCCUUAGUGACAUGGGAGAAGGGAUGGAACAGAUGAGGAGACCCCCAGGGAAAAACCUCCGGCGCAGACCCCGAUCCCGGCUUCGGGUCACAAGUGUCUCAGACCAGAAUGACAGAGUGGUUGAGUGCCAGCUACAGACGCACAACAGCAAGAUGGUGACCUUCCGAUUUGAUCUGGAUGGGGACAGCCCGGAAGAGAUUGCAGCUGCCAUGGUGUAUAACGAGUUCAUUCUGCCCUCGGAGCGAGCUGGAUUCCUGAACCGGAUUCGGGAGAUUAUCCAGCGAGUGGAGACCCUGUUGAAGAGAGAUACUGGCCCUGUGGAGGCUGCUGAAGACCCCCUGGGCCCCCAGGAGGAGCCAGCACCAUUGCCUGCCCUCCCAGGGUACCCCCCAGACCCAUCCAGUGCAGAGUUCCAGAGCAGCACCCUAGAGCAGAGGAGCUGGGCAGCCUUCUCCGCCUCCCCAUCCUCUCCUGGAACCCCCUCAUCUCCUGGAAACCCCUUUUCUCCUGGGUCCCCUGCUUUCCCAAGUGCCAUCUUCCCCAUCACUUCUCCCCCAUGUCAUCCCAGCUCCUCCUCAUUCUCUCCAGUUUCUCCCCAGGUCCCCUCAGAUCUCUCUCCACUCCCCCCCAGCUCCCCACUUCCAUUCUCCCCCAGUGCAUCCCAGUUUCCAGUCCCAUCUGCUCAGUUUCCACUGAAUUCUCCCCUCCCCAGUUGUUCCCAGGUUACUCUUGCUCCUGCCUCCUUUCCCCCCUGUCCCUCUGCUUCUCCCCUCCCCUCCACCACAGCAGCCCCUCUGCUGUCUCUGGCUAGUGCGUUCUCACUGGCUGUGAUGACUGUGGCUCAGUCCCUGCUGUCCCCCUCCCCUGGGCUCCUGUCCCAGUCUCCUCCAGCUCCUCCUGGUCCCCUACCCAGCCUGCCCCCUCCAGCUCCCCUUGCUCCUUGUGGCCAGGAGAGGCCUUCACCUCUGACAGCUGAGAUGGAGAGUGAGGCCUCUCCAAAUCUUGGUUGGCCACUCCUGGGUGAAGCCAGACUGGCUCCCAUCUCUGAAGAGGGAAAGCCCCAGCUUGUUGGGCGCUUCCAAGUGACUUCAUCCAAGGAACCAGCUGAGCCUCUUCCCCUGCAACCGACAUCCCCCACUCUCUCUGGCUCCCUGAAGGCUCCAACCCCUCAGCUGACCUCGGAGAGCUCAGACACGGAGGAUAGUGCUGGAGGCGGGCCAGAGGCCAGGGAGGCUCUGGCUGAAAGUGACCGUGCAGCCGAGGGCCUGGGGGCUGGAGCCGAAGAGGAAGGGGACGAUGGGAAGGAACCCAGAGUCGGGGGCAGCCCUCCCCCCCUGAGCCAUCCCAGCCCAGUGUGGAUGAACUACUCCUACAGCAGCCUGUGUCUGAGCAGUGAGGAAUCAGAGAGCAGUGGGGAGGAUGAGGAAUUCUGGGCUGAGCUGCGGAGUCUUCGGCAGAAGCACUUGUCAGAGGUGGAGGCACUACAGACACUACAGAAACAGGAAAUUGAGGACUUGUACAGCAGGCUCGGGAAGCAGCCCCCGCCGGGUAUCGUGGCCCCUGCUGCUAUGCUGUCUAGCCGCCAGCGCCGCCUCUCCAAGGGCAGCUUCCCCACCUCCCGGCGCAAUAGCCUGCAGCGCUCUGAGCUCCUGGGCCCUGUGAAUUCCGAACAGAAGCCAUGUGUCUCAUCCACACCAGGGCCCGCCGUGGAGCUUGUGCUCUCAGAAUCUGCUGACCAACACAACUCUGCAAGGAAGACCUCAACACUGAGGGAGUAGGAGGCCCCAGGGGCAUGGAGAGUGCCGUUCCAUUAUAGGGAAGAGCCAAACAUGUGGGAACUGUUUGCUGUGUGUAGAAGGCAUAAAUUCUGCAGCCUACCAUCCUCAUCCCUGCCACCUCUCCAGCCAAGAGUGAACCACUAAGCAGUCCCACCCGAGCCCGGAUGCUUCUAGAAGGCACACUCCCAGCUGGGCAGGAGGAGGGGGUGUUCUCACACCAGAAUUAGUAGCAGCCAAUAAAAAUGCUGGAACCUAGAA